AUGGCAUCCGAUCUGCGUGAAGAGACGGUGGUCAACUAUCUUAGAACUCAUCCGCAUUUUCUUGAAAAUUAUGUUACCGGGGCGAAUAUCUCAAGAGAAACGUUUCAAAGGUGGGCUACACGCCGAAGUGCGAAACUGCGGCAAGAUAGUCGAAAGAGUGUUACUGGACCUUGGCUGUGCGACGACCUAUCAACUCGAGUUAUGGUGAUUGCCGAGAAGAGCGGUGAUGUGGCGACAUUGUUAUUCGAACUCGCAUGUUCAUGUGCACAGUUCGUUCGCACCGAGCAAUUCGACGUGUACUUACAUAAGGGCGAUAUGAGUUUCAUACUGUCUCAUAACGAUGAUAUGGUCAUACUCAAAAAGCCGCCUAAAAUACGUAAAACACCAAUACACAUUCAAGAACUGGUCGAUUGUUGUGGAAGUCUCAUUGGUGAAAUCAAUUUUUAUCGUAUCCUUAGUGAUCGUGAUCGUCUUGCCGUACGCAUCAUAUGCACAUGGGGUUGCGCAGCAUUUUAUUUCUCGCAGCAGAAUUCGACAAUGAACGGUGGCAAUAACAGUGGCGACGAGUUGAAUGACCGCCAAGUGCAUGAGCGGAAGCUGAGCGCGUUUUUAUUGGAUGUUGCAAAGUAUGAACUGAUGAAUCCAUUUGGUAUAUCCCUGAUUAGGUCGAUAUUUCAGGAUAUUGUUAGCAUGGAUACGGUUAUUAUGAAGGUGAUGAACUUCGCUCAAAAGCUCACGAAUGCGGACCGUGCUUCAUUGUUUCUUGUUGAUCAAAAGACGAACGAACUUUAUGCACGUAUUUUUGACGUUGGUAUGGGUGAAGACGAGCACGUUAACAUCAACGAGGAUGGUCAUAAGGAGAUAAGGCAUGAUUUCUAUCUCAGCAUUGCAGAGGUAUGUAUAAGAACCAAAGUUUACGAGCAAAAUGCACGUUCAUCAGUAGCACGGUACGAGCAUCAAAGUAAACGUGAAUCGAGCAGUGAAGCGAACACAUUAAUGAAGUUUCCAGCUGGUAAGGGAAUUGGUGGAUAUGUGGUUUCCACUGGAAAGGGACUAAAUAUCGAGAAUGCAUAUGAAGACCCUCGUUUCAAUAAGGAAAUUGAUCAAAAAACAGGCUACAAAACAAGAAAUAUUCUAUGCAUGCCGAUUUUUAUACGUGGAUCGGUAAUUGGCGUUGUGCAGAUGGUGAAUAAGAAUGAUGGUUCAUUCACGAAGCAAGACGAAAACUCUUUUGAAACGUUCGCCGUUUACUGUGGACUAGCGCUUCAUCACGCGAAACUUUACGAUAGGAUUAAACGCUCCGAGCAAAAAUAUCGAGUUGCCUUGGAAGUGCUGGCUUAUCACAGUGUCUGCAACAAAGACGAAGUAAACAAACUGAAGGCUGUGAAACUUCGAGACAGAAUCGUAGAACUGGAAACGUUUGACUUCAAUGGCAUGAAACUUUCGGAACUGGAGAAACCGUUGUACGCAGUUUAUAUGUUCAAAUCACUGUUUCAAGGCGUUAUUCGUUAUGAUUACGAUGAUCUUGUGCGCUUUAUUUUAACAGUUCGCAAAAAUUAUCGUCGUGUUGCGUAUCAUAAUUGGGCACAUGGUUGGUCGGUAGCACAUGCGAUGUUUGUUCUUCUUAAAACAACAUCGAUCUUUACUCCUAAAGAGGCAUUAGCGUUAUACGUUGCAUGCAUUUGUCAUGACUUAGAUCACCGUGGUAAAAAUAAUGCUUAUAUGAAAACAAUGAGCACACCGUUGGCUGCAGUUUAUUCGACAUCAGUUAUGGAGCACCACCAUUUCAAUCAAACUGUAACUAUUCUACAACAGGACGGUCACAAUAUUCUCAAAUCGCUUUCAUCAGAAGAAUAUAAGCGAACACUGAGUCUCAUAAAACACUGUAUUCUUGCCACUGAUUUAGCGCUCUUCUUCCCAAACAAGGCAAGACUUUUGAAAAUUGUCAAUGAAAACACACUCGAUUGGAAUGAUAACGAACACAGGGCUUUAACGCAGGCAGUGCUGAUGACAGGAUGUGAUUUGAUCGCUUCUGCAAAGCCAUGGGCAGUUCAAACCGAAACAGUUAAAGUGAUAUUUGAGGAAUUUUAUGAACAGGGCGAUGCAGAACGAAUGAAUGGCAGAGAGCCGAUCGCGAUGAUGGAUCGACAAAAAGCUCAUGAACUGCCGCAGAUGCAAGUGGGGUUCAUGAAUGGAAUUUGUAUGCCGUGUUACGAUUUGCUGUCGUGCAUUAUACCAGAAACGGAGCAACUCAAGGAGAGAUGCAAGUACAACGCCAAGAAGUGGGAAGAGCUCGCCGAAGAGCAAAAGCAUACUGCUGAGGAGAAACAAGAGACUGAUGGGGAGCAGAAGGAUAUUGAUGAAGAUGAAGCUGCAGCAACAACUAGCUAA